AUGGAAUGGGCCCAAGCUCGUAUCGGACAGUUUGGGGAGCUUGGUAGCGACUCAGGAUUGGGAAGCAGGGUUUGCUUAUGGGGCCGACGGGAAGUAUCAAAAGAUGAUGAAAAUGAUGAUGAAGAUGAUGAUGACGAUGGCAAUGACGACGAUGCUGAAGACGAGCAGGCCUGGCAGUCUGUGAUGGAUGGAUCUGGAGUGGAUAAGAAUAAAAGAACGGAGCCAGUCAAGAGUGGUCCAGAAGUCCAGGAGUCCAGGAGUCCAGAGACGAGAGAAUGA